AUGUCUGACUCGGAGCAGCCGCAGCCUAAGCCCGAGAACGAGCAGCUCAACAUCAAGGUCAAGGACGCCAACGGAAACGAAGUCUUUUUCAAGGUCAAGAAAAACACCCGGCUCUCGAAGCUAAAGAUGGCCUACGCCGACAAGAUGGGCAAGCCCGUCAACAGCGUCCGCUUCAUCUUUGACGGUCAGCGCAUCGGCGACGACGACACGGCAGAAUCGCUCGGUAUGGAGGACUCUGACGAGAUCGACGCCAUGAUUGAGCAGACUGGCGGUGCAUGCGCAUAA